CACUUAAUUUUUCUUACAUUCACGCUCACUCACUCAAGCGGCACUUCGUCUCUUCUAGGGUACAUAUUACUCAACAAAUUUCUUCACAAUUCGGUACCAAUUGCUUGUAAUUUGUACAAAUAAUUGCUCAGGACCACCACCAAGCCAAAAACCCUAACAAUUCGUUCCAGAAUCCUGCAAUUUACGGUUUUUUCCGUCCAAAUUGGUGAAAUUUGAAGUAUUGAAUGUUUAAAUUGAAGUUUUAGGGUUUUGAGGUGUGUUGUGCGGUAGAGAAAGGGGGAAAUGAUGGACGGACGGAGGAUAACGGCGAGUCCACGGCCGUGCAGUGGGCGGAGAGUGGUGGCGAAGAAGCGCCGGCGUGGUGGCGGUGAUGGGUUUUUGAAUAGUGUUAAGAAGCUUCAGAGGAGGGAGAUUUGUUCGAAACGACGUCGUUCUUUUGGUGUGUGUGAUGCUCAGGAGAGAUUCAGAAAUAUCCGAUUACAGGAGGAGUAUGAUACCCAUGAUCCAAAGGGACACUGUUCUAACGUAUUGCCGUUUCUUAAGAAGAGGUCGAAAAUCGUUGAGAUUGUUGCUGCGUGUGAUAUAGUCUUUGCUCUUGCACAAUCUGGAAUCUGUGCAGCAUUCAGUCGAGAGACUAACCAGAGGAUAUGCUUUCUGAACGUGAGUCCUGAUGAAGUUAUAAGAAGCUUGUUUUACAAUAAAAACAACGAUUCACUCAUUACGGUUUCAGUCUAUGCAUCGGACAGUUUUAGUUCCUUGAAAUGUAGAACAACAGGGAUCGAAUACAUUCGGAGAGGUAAGCCCGAUGCAGGUUUUCCUCUUUUCGAGUCGGAGUCUUUGAAAUGGCCUGGUUUUGUGGAGUUUGAUGAUGUUAAUGGCAAAGUACUUACGUUCUCAGCACAAGAUAGCAUCUACAAGGUGUUCGAUUUGAAAAAUUACAUGAUGCUAUACUCUAUAUCAGAUAAAAAUGUUCAAGAGAUCAAAAUAAGCCCUGGAAUCAUGCUGUUAAUAUUCAAUAAAGCGAGUGGUCAUGUACCUCUCAAGAUUCUAUCCAUUGAAGAUGGAACCGUUUUGAAAACUUUCAACCAUCUUCUUCACCGAAACAAGAAAGUGGAUUUCAUUGAACAGUUCAAUGAAAAACUUCUUGUCAAGCAAGAGAAUGAGAAUCUUCAGAUUCUUGAUGUACGUAAUUCUGAGCUAACAGAAGUUAGCAGGACAGAAUUUAUGACACCGUUGGCUUUCAUCUUUCUGUAUGAGAACCAAUUGUUCUUGACAUUUAGAAACAGAACGGUGGCUGUCUGGAACUUUCGUGGGGAGCUUGUGACUUCGUUUGAAGAUCAUUUGUUGUGGCAUCCAGACUGCAACACUAACAACAUAUACAUCACAAGUGAUCAAGAUCUUAUAAUAUCGUAUUGCAAAGCUGAUCCAGAUGAUUCUGUCACAGAAGGAAACGCAGCAGGUUCCAUCAAUAUCAGCAAUAUUCUAACUGGAAAAUGUCUUGCUAAAGUGAAGGCGGUGAGUGGUGUAACAAUGGAUGAAUGCCUCUGUAGUGACAUAAUCAAAUCUACGGGGAAAGGAUGCCAGUGCAACUCGAAGCAACGGGCCCAGGGCAGGAGGAUCACGAGCUCUGUUACAGAAGCCUUGGAGGAUAUCACUGCACUUUUCUAUGAUGAAGAGCGUAACGAGAUUUAUACCGGUAAUAGGCUCGGUUUAGUCCAUGUGUGGUCUAACUAGGAACUAAUGUUGUAUCUGGGUUUGAUGCCCAUUGGGAAUACUGUAUACCCAUUUUAGAAAGUUUGGUUUAGAAAUCCAUGUUCAUUCCUUUUUUUUUGAACAGCUAAUUUCUUUAAUCCCCUUGUCGUCUAUAAUUUAUAAUUUAACUUCUAGAUGUCGGUUAAUGUA